AUGAAAUUAAAAUCAGCAAUUGUUUUCUUAGACUACUCUUUGAAACCUCGAGUAUUUUAGUUAGAAAGAUAUGCUAUUAAAAAACUAGAAAAACCAGAUGGCUACAAAUUAAUUUAUUUUAAAGAAUUUGAAAAAGCAUAAUAAUUUGCAAACUAAGUUCAAUAAUUAAUAGAAUUGAAGCAAGUUCAACAAUUAUAAUAAAUGAUGAUAUCUGAUAUCAAAUUAAUAAAAGAAAGAAGGUAUCAUCUCCCUAUAAUUGCUUAGUGAAAAGGAUGGAGAAAUUAAGGAGAUUAGUGUUGAAUAAUAAUAAUCAUAAAAUAAUGUCGAAUAGACUAAUUAAGCUGAAAAUACAAAGAUAUCAAAUUGUUAACUAGACAACAAUUAGAUGAAAUAAGUUAAUAACUAAUUUUAAAAGUAUUAAAUUAAAUACGAUAUUAUGGAUGAUUUUGAUGGAAAACAUAAAAAUUUAUCUAUUACUACCUAGAGAUUAGAGAAAUUGGAGAUAUUAGAUUAAAAAUUUGCGAAUCUCUUAAUUCAUUAUCCAAAAAGUACUUUAGAAAUUAUUCCAAUUCAACCUGAGAAUCUAUACACGCUUUAUUUUGAUGGUGCAAGUAAAUCUAAUCCUGGUCCUGCAGGGGUUGGGGUAGCAUUAUUUGAUAAAAUGCAAUAAAUAAAAGAAAUCGCUUAACCUUUAGGAAAGCAAACUAAUAAUGUAGCUGAAUUUUUGGCAUUGUUUUUUGGAAUAAGAUAUACUCUGAACUUAGGAAUUAAUUAUUUAGAAUGUUUUGGGGAUAGUAAAGUAUUGAGAUCAUUAAUUAUUAGCUUAUAAUUGAUGGAAUGAAUAAUAAGAUUAAUUUUAAGCAGCAACAUUUAGAAGACAUUAGAGCAGCAAUCUCAGAUUAUGCAUAAUUAUUUAAAAUGGUUAGAUACACUCAUAUUUCAAGAAAUUAGAAUGAAAUAGCAGAUAAAUUGGCUUCAAAUGCUGCUUUAUAGUCUAAAAAAAAAGAGUUAUGA